AUGGCGGGAGCUCCUCCGAACUACAUCGACCACAUCGUGCGCUUUCCGGAUGAAUGCUCGCUAGCACGCGUCUACCAGUCAUCCUACGCGACUAGUGUCAAGAAACCACCUCCAGUUUCUGUGCGCAAAAGCGAGCUUGGUCGAAUCAAGGACGCACACCCAAAUGGCAAAGAUUUCCGUGUCGAACUCUACACCCGUGCAGACAAACCCAUCGUCCAGGCCUCGCAAUCAGACAUGGAAAAACCCUCUGACACUAAAUAUGGAGAUGGGUGGACAUACGAGUAUAAGCUGGAGCACGUUGCCAACAUAAGCAGUCUUGGACCCAAACCCAAAGCGGAGUCUCAGGGCAUCGUCAAGCAUGUCGAGGCCAUUAUGAGUGGAUGGUCCAAGAACAGCGGUCAGAUACCGGCCUUCGAACACUACGAGGGUCUUCUCGGCACCCCACAGAAGAAUAGGGCUGCUGCGGAGCAUUUUGGCCAGGCCAUGAAAGCUGCAUCCCAGAAGUUGUACGAUCUGCUCGACACUCCCGACUUCACGAUCUGGAAUGUUCUACAGGCUGCUACUACGGUCGCAAGGAAGAGAGACGGUGUUACUACUCAUGUUGAUACCACUGAACACGGUGGGAUCUAUCUCUUCGUCUACUGGGACUUCUCCGAUGAGGCCGAAUACCAGGGCGUUUGGAUCUAUGUCGGCCAAUCUACUAACGUGUCUGUACGAGUUGGAAAUCACAUUUACGCUGCUAAGUCUAACGAGGGAUCAUACAAGAAGACGUACAACACAGACCACUACAAGUGCCAUCGGGCGGCAGGUCGAUGGAAGUGCGUACGUAUCUGUACGCAAAAGAACGGCCAGGAAGGUGGUACACAGGAUACGGCCAAAUUAUACCGCAACCUCUAUGAGAAUGUCUCAUUCCUACUAUUCCGGAGCUACCAUUCAAAAGUGAUAGACGUUACACUCGCUGCAGGACGAGCAGAACUGCGAGGCGCCUCGGAAGCCGUCUUAAAGAUGUAUACGCACGUUGAGCUUGGUCUGUUCCAUAGCGGUGUUAUGGAUCUGGCGGCCCGUACAACCCAGUACGCAGACCCAAAGACUCGGGCGAACUUUGGUGUCUCCUUCGGCCUCAACAUCUCAAGUCCUUUCGGAGAGGACACCUUUGGCUGGACACAGAAGAUCUACACCCUACAGCGCAUGCCCGAACAGCAUAUGAUAGCAUUCCACAGACCUGGCAUUGUAGUUUUCAAAGCCAGCAUGCAGCUCCUGGAAACUUUUGACGACAGGAUCGACCUUACCAAAAAGGGACUACAAGUCUACAUGCCAGCCGAUGGACCUAGUCCAGAUGUCUGUCCGGGAAAUGGCGAUGAAGUCUUCGGUUCUUGGGAGGUCAUGGACCAAGGGAGAUCUCAUCCUUGCCCAUAUUUCCCGGUCGGUAGCUUCAGUGGUUGGAGCAAUCAUGCAGAGGUGCUACGUAUCGGACUACGCAUAAUCUGGAAAUCGAGGCAGACGAAUGUGUGGCGAUCCCGGUAUCUUAGGAGGGCAUUAAUGACUAUUUACUGGGACGAGGAUAAGCCAGGAACUGAGAAUUUAUACUGCCAGGGCACUGCAUUGCUCGCAUACUUGCUAAGGAAUAAAUGGCCGCAGAAGCAAUCAUUUGUUCCCGCAUACGGCACCGCCCAGGUCGUAGAAAUCAAGUACAACCCCUUCCUCCAGGUGGCUACCUGUUCACCCGUGCUCGAGCCCAUCGAGGCUCUUCAAGGCCCAUUCUGGAGAGAACAGCUCGUAAUGCAAGCGCUCGCACGGGUGUGUGAGAGGGACAAUCAAGGCAACGAAGUCCCAAAUUCAGCCAAGCUUACCCAUAUCGGCGAGUAUGUGGACAACAAGAUGAAAGACGAGCUACCCACGGAGCAGACGAAGAGAGAGUACAACGAGUGGUUCAAUAGCGAUAAGAAGCCGGAGGACAGAAUACCGAGACACAGAGUGGGCCACGCACAGGGUACCGACGACCGUUUGAGACAGCUGACCUCCGGCAGAAAGAGCUGCGACCGAUGUGCCAUUAAGAAUUACGUCGAAAAAGGAGGAUCGCGAGUACGAAUGCCCGACGUUGCUGUUAGACGAUGCAAAUGUGAGAAGAUUACAAUACGUAAGGCCGACGGCUCAGGAAACUGGUCGCUUUGCAAGGACUGCUUUGUACAAGGCUUGCCAUGCACAUGGACAUACUUCCGUGAUAUUUUCGGGCCAAGGUACUUCGAAACUCCACGCCCUGUCGGCCAGUUUUUUGGCAAGUUGAUCGACAUUUUCUUCCGGCAGCGUGAGAGCAAGAGUGCCAAAUUCCUGACGGCGCAGGUCAUUCCGGAUCCUGGCUACAUGGUCAUCAAGGGUGGCUUGAAAGCGGAGGAUGAGGAUGUCCCGGAUGAGGACGUUCAGGGUGAGGAAGACCAGGGGGAGUGA